GAGGGCGGGCAGGGCAUGGAGCUGCGCGAACCGAGAGGCCCUUCAGCUGUUGCGCCGGCGACCAGAGCAGCGCCGCCUCGGUCCUCCUCUGCAGUUUUAGGCUUGGACUAAUAGAAGGCCAAAAGAAGUUUGAGGACUUCCUGAGGGACUACAGAAAUAUUAUUUGAUCUACGUGUAAUCCAAUUUCACACUUCUCACAAAAAUGCCUAUAUUGAAGCAGCUGGUGACAAACUCUGCAAAUCCUAAACGCCGGUCUCGGGCUGAUCUGACAACUGAGAUGAUCAGCGCUCCUCUUGGCGAUUUCCGUCACACCAUGCAUGUGGGCCGGGCUGGGGAUGCCUUUGGAGAUACCUCUUUCCUCACUAGCAAGAGUGGGGAGGGAGAAGAGGAAGCUACAGAGGAGACCGCCUCCUUCCCUAAGCCUGGCCUGCUCUCACGGAGGUUCCGCAGCAGCAAGCGGUCUCAUUCUGUGACACGUGACCGGCGGGACAUGCUGGGCUCUCUGAGGGAUUCAGCGAUUUUUGUGAAGAAUGCAGUAUCCCUACCCCAACUCACGGAGAAGGAAGCAGACAAGAGUGGCAGGAAGCAGCUACCCAAGAGCCUCUCCUCCAGCCCUGUGAAGAAAGCCCCCGAGGAGAACAUCCUCGAAGAGAAACACACAAAUGGCAUUGCUGAAUUCCUCGACUCCAAGCCCCACAGUCCUGACUUGGAAGAGCGUGAUUUUGGGAAUGUGACUGAUUUGCCUUUAGUCAUCCCCAAGGACAGCUAUGGCAUGAAGCACGCCGAGUCCAUCCUUUCUUUCCAUAUUGAUCUGGGGCCUUCCAUGUUAGGGGACGUCUUGAGCAUUAUGGAUAAGGAUUUGUGGGAACAAGAGGACUCUGGUUAUCAGGGAGCAGAGGAUCCCCAAAGAGAAGUUGGCUCCACAGAGACGUCAGCAGCCCGGUGGUAUAGCCACGAAAGCAAACUUGUCCUGGAUUCUGUGAUUCAAAACGACGGCCACCGAGUAGUCACUUACAGCCCUGGAUCGGCUCGCAGCGUCACCAGUCAUACAACAAUAGACAGCAGUUCGGUCUCCAGCUGCGUGUCCAUGGGGGAAGAACAGCGAAGCUUAGCUUCUAAAGGACCCAGCCACAGCCUUCCAAGCAGUGGGAGGCACAACCUUGUGAAACAGCCAGAGAAAGAGUUCUCUUUCAUGGAUGAGGAAGAUGAUGAGAUAAGAGUAUAAAAAAGCUGUAUACUCCCUUUGAAUUGAAGGAGAAAAUGCAAUUGAAUCUGGAAUAAACAGCACGAUACGAAGAGAGGGAAAAAAAGUGUUAAAUGUCUUCACCAGCCUUCUUAGGCUGUAGAUUUCAUCAUAAUUAUUUUCUUAAACCCAGGCUGCUGGAAAGUUUUUUUCCUUCUUCCCCAUUUGGGGUUAUUGCAAGGGUCAAGUUGGAAAUUACGUAUAAAUGGUGUUGUAUAUUUAAAAUAAUUUAUUCCUAUGUUCAUAGGGAUACCUAAAGUAGGUUGCUUGAAGAUAUUUGGGAAGAAAUGUUUCCAGGCACAAAUCUGACAUAUUCAAACUUUUUUUUUUGAAAAGGGUAGCUCUUGGUUAACUUACCUAUUUGCCUGUUUAAAGCAAUACAGAGCUGAAUAUUAGGACAAAGCUCAAAAGCACUAGUUUUUCUAUUAAUACAUAGAUAUAUAUUUUGUUUUCCUUUACCUUUAUACUAGUGCUUGUAAGAUUUUUUUUUCUUUUGUAUAUCCAAGAAUUCCUUUCUGGACCUUACAGUAGUAUGCAGGUUGUUACAUGUUUGCAGAAAGGGGAAAAAAAGGAGUUUGAAAUAACCAGAUCUUUCAAAUCUGCAUAUUUGGAUGCUAAUAAUUUUCUCCUUGUGGGCAGACCUCUGGAAGUAUUUAUCACCUUUGGAAAUCUCAUAUUUCUUUUUUUUUUAAAUCAUAUGGCAGAACACUUUGGAAAAGAGAUUGAGAAGAACUACACCUCUUAUGUCUACCGUCUACAGCAGGACCCUUUCUUAGUUCUUGAGGGAACCAGAGAUGGAAAGAAUAAAAAUGAUAACCUAGCUUGAAACGGACUUCCCCAUUUCUAAAAUUUGUCACCAUUUAGAGUGACUAUAUGGCUCUUUCUUAGGAAAGCACUCUCGGAGAUGCAUAAAGCUGCUGAGAUGAGAAUAUCCAACAAGGUUGGUCAGCCUGGCUACCCAUUACUUAUUUACUUUCCUCUUCAGGAAUUUCUUUUGGGUAAGCAGAUGGGAUGUCCUAAUGACCAUCUGUUUCAUUAGAUCAAACCAUGGGAUACGGGGACAGGAGAGAGAGACAGAGUUGGGUGAAUGCUACUUACUUGCAUGUCUUCAGAUGUAAAUGUAAGUCCCCCAAGUAACUUAACCAGAUAGGGCUUCAUUCUUUCUUAGUUUUUAUUUUCUUUAGAAUGUAUCAGCAGAACUGACCGAAGCACAAAAAGCUUAGCAUUCGUCAUUCCAGGAACAAUGGAGAAGGGCAAUGCUGAGUUCCCUUCCCUUUGAAACUGUUUUUAGUUCACUACCUUCUCCAGGCAUCUUUAGGAGGUGCUCCUAACAUUCCUGUCUCAAAGAUGGAUUUUAUUUAGGGCUGGUGGGUGGGGGUAUUUUUCUUCAUUGGCCUUUACAUUUUUGCUGGGCGUUAAACACUAAAUUGCUUUCUUAUUUUUUUUAGAUUUAUAUAUAUAUAUAAAUAUAUAUGUGCUAUGUAUUAGAUUGGCCCAGUCCUUUCGGAGAAGUAUUCCUUGGUUGUGACUUUCUUGUGUAUGUACAUGGUAUUUGUUCCAUGCAUCUGAUGGAGGAUUUUU